CUCAGAGACCCGUCGAUCGGUCGAGGAAUAGACGGGUACCCAAGACGGCAAGGUUGCUCGUGUGCCUUCCCAGGUCCUGGCAGCACCAUCCGGCGAGGGGGUGAGGACGCUGGCCGCCUGUUUUAUGACUGCAAGGAACACUGGCUGUUUUUAUUUUGAUUUCUUCUUCACUGGAUAUACAUGCCCACGAUAUUGAGCGCAGGAAAGCGGCACGCCGGUGAACGAGCACAACGUUUUCGAUGGGGAAAAUAAGUUGAAGGCUUCGGAAGAAUGUUUUCCUUGUUUCAGGAAAACGGAUUGCUCAGCGUGAUGGGUGUUUCGAGGGGAUUUUGACAUUUGGAGCGGAUCUGGAGCUAUCCAUCUACAGCUUCGGGCUCGAGCGCAACUGAAAGCGACAACAGAGCGCCAUACUGCAAAACAAGCUUCCCGGAUCGAUACAGUGUAGCAGUCUUUUCGCACGGGAGAAUUGCGCGUUUUCAUGUAAAUGUAAACAAGUAAGCUGGCGAGCAAGUACCAAGUCAGCAACGGUGGCCUGAUUGAGAUCCACGUAACUUCUGCAAACUGCAUGCAGCCCUGGCGGUGGAAACAGGGCUGGAUGAGCCCAAAAUGGCAAAUAUGAAGAAAUCUAAAAGAUGAAUGUUGCAUUUCCCCCGUAACUUGUGCUAUACACCUGAUUUCCCUUUCCAUACAAGCCCGAGUUUCGAGCGAAGCAAGGUGCUCCUCAUGCCUCCAACAUGAGGGAGAUUUAAGGCCGCGCGGAAUUGAUUUAUUAUGGGGGGAGCGCAUUAUUUUGAUUUGAUCCCUCUCUCCUUUUUUACUUUUCUUUUGUUUACCCUCCGCGAGGGCUUUCUCGAAUGUCCGCGGUAGUCAUUUUGCUAGUCUGGAACGUAUAACGCGAAAGAUCCUCCAAAGUAGGUCAGAUCAAAGCUGGAGAGUUGUUAGUAUGACACCUUUUCGCGCUCAUUUCGAUGUAUGCCGGACAUUUCUGCUUUGAUUUGACCCGUCGUUUGGCUCGAUGACAGCCAAAUGAGAGUUUGACAUCUUGGCAGCCUCCCUCUCCAUCUCGUUCGCCUCUUUGUGUUUUGUUUUACCAACUCUCAUUUCGGGCUGUUGAGUGAGUGAAUGGCUCUGUGCGGAACGACGGCUUCCAAUGCCGCGAAAAUGAUGGCUGCGUACAACGGCGGCACCGCGGCAGUGGCGGCGCAUCACCCGCACCAUCACCACCAGCUGCCCCAUCUCCCGCCACCCGCCCACCUCCACCACCAUCACCACCCGGGCCAGCAUCACCUCCAGCACCCCGGCUCGGCCGCCGCGGCGGCGGUGAUGCUGAACCCGAGCCAGCAGCAGCCGUACUUCCCCUCGCCCGCUCCUGGACAAGCUCCGGGGCCGGCGGCCGCUGCAGCCCCAGCGCAAGUUCAAGCCGCCGCCGCGGCCGCCGUGAAGGCGCAUCACCACCACCACCACCAGCACUCGCAUCACUUACAACAGCUGGAUAUAGAGCCGGACAGACCGAUCGGAUACGGAGCUUUCGGUGUGGUUUGGUAAGCGUUUAAAUACCAUUCUAAC